UCCUAGAACCCAUCGUUACCGACAACAAGUCGAAUCAGUUCCUCAAAGCGUCGACCUCUGCUGCAGCGAUGUCGAGGGGCGGCAACUCACCACUGCGCAUGUCCACCACACACCACGGAGACUUGCAACAGAUUUCGUUCGAUUUCUCCGCUUCCGCUGAGCCACGUGGUUCUAAUAACAGAUCACAGCCCGUGACCCCCCGGCGUCAGAAGAGUCUGGAUAAACUGCUGGCCAAAGAGCGCGAAGGCGCGGAGCGAAGGCGUUUGCGCGGGAGUGCUGAGGCGAGCGAUGCCAGUGAUGCGGAGACAGAGUUUGUGACGAGUGAGAGUGACUGGGAUAUGAGGAGCAUCGGAGGCACCACUGCGGAAACCUACGCCUACGCUCAAGACCAGAUAGAGGAACGCGCCAGGAAUCAGGACGAUGAGUACUUGCAAGCCAACCAGGAGUCUGGUAAUGGGUACAAACAGGUCUACGAAGGGGCUAAUGAUGCGUACAACCAGGGGUAUGACGAGAAUGUGGUGAUGGGCGUGGGCCAGACCCUGGCCAAUGCACGUGAUGCUAUGAAUGGCGACUUCUACGAUGAACAAGACAAUGGCGAGUACAACGGAGAGAGUGUGGGCUCGGUCAGCAAUAGCGAGGACGAACCGGGGGCCUCAAAUGGGCCUAUGGAUGCCGAUGGCGGGGUGUUUGCGGCUUACUUCAAGCCUGCAAGCCAGCUGAGCAAGCCUAGUUCUCUGCGGUCGGUGCUGUCCACCAUCGCCGAUACCGGAGACGAUACGUCGGACGAGGGGGCCGGCAACGUAGACCCAGCGACGUUCAGGGGUGUCGUUGCGAAGACGAAAUCGCAGUACAGCAAUGUCAAGCCACACGUGAUGAAGCACUCGUCAACAGGCAAUGUACUACAGACAAUAUCUUCAGAUGCUGAACUCAGAGCUCAACCUCGGCCCCGCCAUCCGAGUUCCGGUAACGUCGCGCCGUCUCGGCUGGCGUCUACAUCCUACAAGUCGCUCAACAGUGCCAGUCCCACCCGCUGUACCGUGCCCUCAGGCAAGGACAAACGCAGCCUGAGUGUCAGCGAUGCACGCAGGUCUUCCCUGUACCAGACACACUCGAGCGAUGUGCUCUCUACCAGCAGUUCCAUGGGUAAUAUCGUGAGCGGUAGCAAGAGUACAGACAACCUGCACGCGUUGGGAGUUGCGCCGAGAAAACAGAAACUCAAGCCACAGCCUCGGCCUAUGAGCACCAUCAAUCCGAAGAUCAAUAGUAUCUCGGGCAACCAGGCGAGGAGUAAUAUGAGUUAUAAGUCAGGUACUCGAAGUAGGCCGAAGAGCACCGCGGGGUUAUCUGAUAUCAUUGGCGCGUAUGGGAGUGCCGGAAUGAACGGUUCUACUUCUGAUGCAGGGGUUGGUUAUUCACGCCGAUUAAACCGGUCUAAUUCAUCUGGGCAGUUAGAUGGGUAUCAAGUCCAAGCGGAUGGGUAUGAGGGUCAAGGAGAGGUUUACUAUGGCAACGCCCAAGGAUAUGAUGGCAACCAAGGUGUUGAUUUUAACAGCUAUCACGAGUAUAACAGCGGGAAGUAUAACGGGAACAGUCCGCACUACCAGGAGGGCAACCAUGGCAACUAUGGCAACUAUAGCAACUAUCCGAACGACCACGAUCACUUUCACGACAGUUACUCCGAUUCCCACUCGACAGGAUACGGCGGCAGCAAUAGCACAGCCAGUCUGAUGGGCGAGUACGAGAACCUGCUUGGUCGGGAGAGUAUGGGUGUACCUGCGUACAGUGGCCUGGUCAAUAAAGACCCACCCCCUGUACGCGCGCCACCGAGCGUGGGUUCUAUGUUAAAUGUGGAUACCAGCAAAUCGUACGGCAGUCAGGAGGGGAGCGGGAGUAGCACCAACAGUGUGGUCGAGCAGUCGCGGAUGGGCCGGGGCAGGGCCAGCAGUUCGAAAAACAUUCCAAGCGGCAGUUACAUGGAGGCGGAUGCGAAUGGCCAGGGUGUGGAUGCGAGUGAGAAGUUGAAGAUGAGAGAGACCAGCCAGUCGAAGUUACGGUCGGAGAACACCAUGUCUGGUGACUUCUCGAAUGCGCGCAUGCGCAAGAAGAAGUCAGGUACCUCCGGAUCGGAUAAGAAACGGAGGACAAUAGUCAUGCUUAACUUUGUAAAGCCCGGGAAGUCGAGUUAACAGUGUGGCUAAUGCGCUUGGCCAUUGCUUGCCAAUUGUAACUAUAACAAAACUGUUCUUGUAUGGGCUUGUACCGUACCGAGAUGGGUAUUGAAGCAAUGUAUGAAAAGCGGAUAGCCCGAGCCCAGAACUGGGGCAAGACACUGUGAUAGCACGGGGAUGUAAACCCAUUCUUAUACAUUCGUGCCGAGUUCUGCUAACCGUUGGCGCAACAUGCAGGAUGUGCAUCGACAUCUAAGAAAUACCAUAUCUAUACCUCUGCCUUGACCAGCCAGAGCGCUAGCAAAUGGACUACACUGUACACACCCACCUUUAAUUGUCGUCUGGUCCUGUCUCAAACGGAGCACACGCACAUACAAUCAGUGCUCCCGAGAAACUACAUCAGGUCUAUUUAGAAGUUGUAUUUAGCUGUGAUAGAAAAUAACACAUAGUUUCUCUAUAUUGGGGAACAUAAACACGUUGUUUCUCCAUACUUGGGUGUCGCCUGGUAUUGUAUGGCGUAGGCUAAUCGGUAUCAACGCUGAAUGCCAGCAUUCAGCCGCAUUAUACACAGCAAGCCUUCCAGAACUCGUGCGAGAGGAUUCGAUCGAUAUUACACGGAUAUUGAUAGCCAAGCACGGAAUGGAGAUGAGCACACACGUCGGGCCAUACAAUCGACACCGACACAUGGCAAGUCAUUCCGUCGGCGAGAAAAGGGGAUGAUUGUGAAGGGCUGUAGCGACGCUCGACAAUACAUACGAACACACACACACAAAUCAUGUGAGCGGCGUGCGAGCAUGGAUACUUACGUAUAUACGGGCAAAACGAUGUGUCAUGCACGUGCGCAAUCACGUUCUCGUAAACGUUUCCGAAAAGUAUGGAUGCGCGUGUGUUAUGACGGAAAUGCACGUACAUAAAUAAGCGGUUUGCGUAUACUUGCGCUCUUUAGCAAUACACUUACGCAACUGCGGUAUCACCCACGUGAACAAAUACAUACACAUACAGAUUUGCAAACACGUGAUCAUGCAUGUACACGAAAACAUGCGUAUACACUUACGCAAAUGAUGAGUGCGCGUGGAUGAAAUUGUACGCAUAAGCGUGAUGAAUGCGUCAACGUACACGCAUCCGAAGGGGUAUGCGUGCUGCGAGCGACAGUCCCCAGGGCUUUAUGUGAGCUAUCAGUUAGUGGACGGUUCUUCGCAAAUUGUACAUGAGAAAAAUAAAUAGUAAAACCUCA